CAUGUUAAACAGUCAUUAGGCAAUAGGUAAAACAUGUUGAACAGUGAUUAGUCAAAUUGUGAUUGGUUGAAAGGUAAUAUCUAAUUUAAUAGAUAUAGGUAAAAAUUUGUUAGAGCUCAAUCAGAUAUUUUAAGGUUUUUAUAUCAUUUUUGAAAUUUUAUCAUUUUAAAUAUAUUUUUGGACUUUUUUGUAAAGAUCAUAAUUUAUUAGAAUGGAAUGUUAUGGCAAUUUACAGUGCACACUUAUUGUAGAAGUUUUGAAUCAAAAUGGACAGAUUCAAAGGCGUCAGGAAUUUUCAGGUGUUAAUAUAAAAUUAGGGCGUGACCAGUUUCGAGACAUUUUAAUAAAGUUCGCUAGUGAAACAUACGCCUUAAAAGAUUUUAGUAUAUUAGAUAAGUUUUUGAGUAUGGGUAAAACAACAAUAAUGUUCCAGAAACUUCGUACAAAUUUAUUAAUAUCAAAUGCCCCUCCUGAUCAGUUAGUUAUUUUUUUAAAAAUGAUAAAAAUUAAAGCAGCUAUUCAUAAGACUACAGCAACCGACCGCAUUAAAUUAUAUUCUAAUGCAAAGAAAUCAUUUGAAGAGAUCAGCCCAGUGACUUUGCAGGAUGUUAAGUUAUUUAAAGAUAAACAAGCCAUGACUACCCAUUCUUUAAAAAAUUCAAAUAUUCAAGUUACUCCUAUUCGUGCUACUAAACGUGGUCUAGAAGUUGUUGAUGACAAACCAAGAAAAAGACUUCAUUCGUCUACCUCUGCAAUUAGUUUGAUAAAACUUGGAAAUAAAGUAGAAAUACCUAAAAAAGUGAUAUGUCCUGACUUAAUUCAUUCAUCAGAUGAUAAAGCGGUAAAGUUCAAUUGCUUAUUAACUAAAGAGCAAGAAGAGGUAAUCAGGGCUGUUAAACAAGGUUUCAAUGUUUUUUUUACUGGAAGUGCAGGAACAGGAAAGUCAUAUUUGCUUAAAAGAAUAAUUGGUGCUCUUCCACCUGAUACAACAGUGGCUUCUGCAAGUACAGGUGUUGCUGCAUGUCAAAUUGGUGGUGUUACAUUGCAUUCCUUUGCAGGGAUUGGAUCUGGUGAUGGUAGUUUAGAAAAGUGCAUUGAACUAGCAUCUCGCCCAUCUGUUAUUCGAAAUUGGAAGCGUUGUAAAGCACUUUUAAUUGAUGAGGUAUCAAUGAUAGAUGCUGAAUUUCUUGAUAAAAUCGAACAGGUUGCUCGUGCAGUACGCAAUUCAGAGCUGCCAUUUGGUGGUAUACAGCUCAUAAUGUGUGGGGAUUUUUUGCAACUACCUCCGGUAAAAAAAAAAAAACAAAUACAGAAUUAUGAGUUCUGUUUCCAAGCAAAAUGUUGGAAAGAUAUUAUCCAGGUUUCUAUGGAAUUAACCGAAGUAAAGCGACAAAAAGAUGAAGACUUUAUCAAUUUAUUGCGCUACAUUCGUGUAGGAAAGUGUCCAGAGGAAGUAUACAACAAGUUAAUUUCAACACAAAAUAAUGAAAUUGAAGUUGCAGGUAUUCAAGCAACUAGGUUGUGCACUCAUAAGAAUAUUGCAGAGGAAAUUAAUGCCACAAAGAUGAAUGAACUUAAAACAGAAUCAAGAGUUUAUAUAUCUUCAGAUAGCAACAGCGAACACAGUGAACAAAUGAAUAAGCAACUUCUUGUUCAAAAUAAAAUAGAGCUCAAAGUUGGAUCACAGGUGAUGUUGACAAAAAAUCUUGAUGUAAGCAGAGGGCUUGUUAACGGUGCACGUGGUGUAGUUGUCAAGUUUUCAUCAGAUAAAGAUGGUUUACCUAUGGUUCGGUUUGCUAAAGGUAUUGAGUUAGUAAUUAAGCGAGAAAAAUUUGUUUGCAAAACCCUUGUUGAAACUGUUUCUCGAGUGCAACUCCCAUUACAGCUAGCUUGGGCGAUUUCAAUUCACAAAAGUCAGGGUUUAACUCUGGAUUGUUGUGAAGUUUCGCUUGAUCGUGUUUUUGAAAAUGGCCAGGCCUAUGUCGCACUAUCGCGUGCAAAAAGCCUUCAAAGUUUACGAGUUCUUGACAUGACGCGUAAUUGCGUUCGUGCGCAUAAAGAUGUUUUAAAGUUCUAUAUUAAGUUAAGACGCGACAUCAGUUUAGCUUCGUCAAACAAAGAAAAUGAAGUUUACUAAUCGUCGCAUGAGACCGGUCUUUUUUAUGUUAUAAAAAUUAAGACAUUAAACUUUUAAUUGACAGUAAAUAGUAAAAAUAAACAACAAAUUAUAAAAAUAAUAUUUUAAGUUUAAUCAUAAAAAACUAACAUAAACGAAGUAUAGUAAAUAUUUAUAAAAAAUAACGGCAGCAAAAGAUAUUAAAAAUGAAUGAGUUAAAUUCUUACAGCAUAAACCAAGUCAAAUAAAAACCUUAUAAUUCUCAUGCGACGCCAUGUGUAAUGUACUUUAUUCUCUCUUUUUAAAAGCAAACGUAUUAGUAAGACCACUACUAAAUUAAAAUAUUUAUAAUAAUUUCAAAAAGAAAAUAUUCUUUUACAAUGAACAUUUUUUAGCAGUAAUCUCUUUAUAAUAAAGUUUUUUGUUUAUAUUUUUAUUUCAAAAGAAAAUAUUUUUUGUAUUUUUUUUAGCAAAAAAAAAUAAAAAUUUGUUUGAUAUUAUCUUAGAUUUGGGUACGAUGUAGUUACAAUAAGCUACGAUGUUUGUCGGGGUUGGUGGAAAAAUCUUUUGAUGCUUUUAGAUAUUUGACUCCCAUAUUCUGAAACGGGGCCCUAUGCUGAAGCUUUCUGCAGGCUCCCUCCUUAAUGGUUAUGCAAACAAAUAAUUUUUUUUUUUGUCUUUGGUAGAUAAUGGGAUUAUUAUUUAAAACAAUUAAAAUUUUAUUUAUCAAAACAUUUUUUAUUUAUAAUAACAUCAUAUUUUAUUUUAAAGCUUUUCUCUUUUGAGCAACAGACUUAUGUAUAUAAGCUUGACAUGUUAACUUGACCAACUAGUAUAUCUUUCUUUUGACCAACUGGUAAAUCUUUCUUUAAAGCAUUUAAAUCCUGAAAAAUAAAUACAACUUUUAACGAACAAAAGUAAUUUUAGAACCGUAAUAUUUUCCAAAUAACUUUAAGUAGUUUUCAAACUGUGUAAAUGUCAGAACGCAAGUAGUUUCAGAAUUAAUUAUUUUUGAUUGUAAAUUAGUUUUUAUAACAAAGUUAAAUUAAUUUAAACGAGUAAUCUGAAAGAUAACUCAAACUAUGUUUA